UAUUGCCGCUAACUAUGCUCGCCUCGGUCAGCAUAAUCAGCUGUUUCUACCAAGUGAGAUUUUCUUCCGAUUAUUAUUUAUUCAAACACGUAUCCAUCCGACGCCCCGUUAUCAUCAGGUUGCAGUCUGCAAACAGGAAAUCCAGUCUUCCGUGACCACACAUCCACCAUGCCAACUUUCCAGCUGAACACAAAUCUGCCCAAGGCCAAGAUUCCGGCCAACUUCUGCCAGGAAUUGACGGAUCUGCUGGCCAAGAUCCUUGGAAAACCGGUGAAGUAUUUGUGCAUCCAUGUCGUACCGGAUCAGAUCAUGUCGUUUGCGGGAACCACUGAUCCGUGUGGAUAUGCCGUGUUGGUCUCAAUCGGCGCCAUCGGAGGGGACAAAAAUGAAGGACAUUCCAAAGCCAUCUUUGACUUUAUCGAGAAGAAACUGGGCAUUCCUGGUGAUAGAUUUUAUGUUUCGUACCAUGAUCAACCGGCAUCUGAAAUCGGUCACGAAGGGAAAACUUUUGCUGCCAUCUUCCGAUAAAGCGUCGUUCCCGCAGCUCGGUUCAAUGCGCCUGUGAACGCCCUAAUUCAAACUAUUUCGUAUUACAUCUGAAAAUAAUUACGUUUGUGUUUUAUACUCUGUGUUGCCGUUUCUAACCAUGCAAAUUAUUCUACGAAUUCGGAGUUUAGAAAUUUUCGUUUAGUAUAAUUUUGGUCAUUAAAUUUAAGAACUUAUUGUAAGUUGAAUAAAUGAAGAAGAUCAGAAACGUCUUUUAUUGAAAACCAGUAAAAAUAUUCAUCUAACGAGUAAUGUUCCACUUUUUUUGUAUAGCAGACAUGAUAAUGGCUUAACUGUUUGUC